AUGCAUGGAAGCUCCGGCAGUGGAGCGCCGCCCGACCCCGCCCAGGAGCGCGCCAUUGUCCUAGACCUCGUCCCGAAAGAAGACGGCUCUGCCGGCUACGAGGUGGCCUGGGCGUCGAGCCUGAGCGCAGACUGGGCCGUCACUUCGGCCCAGGUGAGCCGCAUGGAAGACGACACCCCAGCCGCCCCAGGCGCUCAGGACGACGGAGCAGGCAGCGCGAACCUGAUGCUCCGUAUUGAAGGAGUGGGCAUCGAGGGAGGUAGCGGCGCCAGCUCCGCAAGCCGACAACGAGGCGGCAAAGGCGCCUCGCCCUUGGCGACGGGCGACGGCGGAGAACUGCAGCUAUCCACGGCGAGCGGCACGCGUAGCAGGCAAGCUGCCGUUGAGGAGGAUUACGGGCUUCUCAUAGACGAGUUUGAGAAGCGUAUGGGCGUCCUCCGCAAGGUGGUUAGCGCUGGGGAGGACCGACAGCGCAAGGUAGCUACAGAUAUGGACCAGACAGCCCAGGAGCAGGCGCCGCCUCGCCUUGAGGUAGACGACGAAGCGGGACAUGUCGCUGAGGGUGAUUGA